CACGUGAUUCAUCAUAUGACACUCAAAAUGGCGACGUGUAGCUCUGCACUCUGUUGUUUGAAUACGAUAUUUUUUUUCAUUGCCGCUGUCGUUUUGGUGACACAGCCAGUCCACUGUGUGAAGGAAGCUAGCAAUGUGGAGAGAGUGCACAUCAUAUUCAUGAACCACCUUGAUGUAGGUUACAAUGGUAUUUCCCCGACAGUUGGUUUCAUCAACAAUGUACUGAACACGUACUUCCAGCUGUACUUCCCCCGAGAGGUACAGUUGGCCCAACAACUGAGGCAUGAAGGGUAUGAAGAAACCUUCAUCUACACCACCCAUCCCUGGCUGGUCAGCCUGUAUCUGGACUGUCCGAACCUGACACUCAACAAUAUCACACUGGCGUGCCCCAGUGAUAAGGAUGUGGCUGCCUUCAGAGAAGCAGUCCUGCGUGGAGACAUUACAUGGCAUGCUGGACCUAUGAACAUGCAGCCGGAGAACAUGAACCAAGCCUUGUUUGAGUUGAGUCUGAACAUCAGCCUGGAUGUGGAUGCAGAGUUCGGCAUAAAGAGGAAGUUUGCCACACUGAGUCAGAGGGAUGUUCCAGGCAUGACAGCUGCUGUGCUCCCCAGUCUGACCAAGUUCAACAUCAUGGCUGUGUCAGUGGGUGUCAACCCUGGUACAAGUCCUCCUGCAGUCCCCAACCCUUUCAUUUGGAAGUUCCUUGACUCUCAGGUCAUUGGGAUGUGGAACAAAGGUGGGUACCCCUUAAACCCAGGACCCAACCCGGCCAACCCUCAAGGGAUGUCAAAAGAAAACUGUGUCAUUGUGGAUGGGUUCACAGAUGUCCUCUGUUUUGCCUUUAGAUCCGACAACAGUGGGCCACCACAAAGCGUCAAUGAGAUUCUUAGCAAUUAUGAAGUCGUCCGUGGAGAAUUCCCUGGUGCCAAACUGAUGGCGUCAACAUUUGACAACUUUGUGGAAGCACUUCAGCCAAUCAAAAGCCAGCUCCCGGUGGUGGAAAUGGAGGUUGGUGAUACCUGGAUACAGGGCAUCUCCUCAGACCCUGUCAAGAUGGCCAGAUACUGGGCCUUUGCCAACAAGCUGCAGGACUGUGUGAGGAACGGUCAAUGCUCCGGAGAUGAUCCGCGGAUCAAGGCUGCUGUCCGGUACCUGAUCAAACCCCCAGAGCACACAUGGGGCCUGCCAUCCGUUGGAGACAACGUCAACUGGACAAACAUUGCCUUCAGUCAAGCAAGAAGUGGAAAAAGCUACAGGAACUGUGAGAAUGCAUGGCUGGAACAGCGACAGUUCAUUGACUUUGCGUUCUCCAGCCUCCAGGACCACCCACUGGCUCUGGAGGUGAAGCGGGAAUGGGAGGAACAGACCCCUUCUAGACCAGAUCACACAGGCUACAAGCAGGUGGUCAACAUGACCCAGGUGUUUACAUGUAAUGAUGGGAUGAAGCUGCAGUUCAGAGAGGACGGGUCAUUGGUGGAGCUGUAUGAUCCCUACAACCAGGUGAGGUGGGCAUCCACAGAGAACCCGAUGGGGCAGAUCCAGUAUGUCACCUACAAUGAGACAGACUUUGUGUAUAUGGCCUCUGUGUACAACUACAGAGGAGGUGCCGGCUACGACAAACCCAACUCCACCAAGAACGCCGACCCAGACUCCAGACAGUGGAACUUCCUCGUGGACAGUUUGUACGAAAAAAUGUCACUUGAUCACAGCUGUGACUUGAUCAUGAAACUGAGGCCAGCAGACCCAGCGAUGUACUGGAAGUAUGGAGCUCCUCAAGAGAUCUGGCUGCAUCAUGUCACCCACGGAUCAGAUGAACAACACUUACAUGGAGGGAUUGAUGUGACUGUCCAGUGGUUUGACAAGCCUCCCACACGUCUGGCGGAGUCUCUCUCCUACAGUUUCCGUCCCACUCCCCAGCCCCAGAUGGACUGGUACAUAUCGAAGACAGGGCAGAUGGUGGCUGCAGACAGCGUUGUCCUCAAUGGCAGUCAGUAUGUGCAUGCUACCGACCAAGGAAUGUAUUACACAGUCAGUGACGGGAGUGGCCUGGGACUCUUGACCUCAGAUGUCCCUCUCGUGUAUGUAGGUACCAAGGGCCACCCUCCAUCCCCCUUCCCCGUGCCCCUCAACCCCAUCACCCAGCAGGACAUCACCAGCAUGGCCUUCAACUUCUACAACAACAUCUGGAACACCAACUACAUCUUGUGGUAUCCAUACCAUAAAGGAGAUGAAAACUUUAAAGGGCGAUUUCAAGUAGAGUUUAUAGUAGACAAGUAGAGGUGUACAGAUCAUAUAUUGUUUUUUAUUUUUGUAUCUUUAUUAAAGUUUUGUAACUUUG